GAUUUGAUUCUAUUUAUCGACUAGUGUUGAUUCUUGACUUCUUGUUUAUAAAUUGUAAGAAAAUUUAUUCACGCGGCUAUCCAGUACGGGAGUCAGGCAUGAAUGUUGACCGCAGCCCGGAAAGCCCAGUAGAUUUGAGUGAUCGCGAGCAAGCCGUCCUGAUGGAUCCUAUUGACCACGAACGUUGUCGCUAUCCAUAUUGUAUAGUUUGGACUCCCAUUCCGGUUUUAACGUGGAUGUUCCCGUUUCUGGGUCACAUGGGCAUCUGCACAUCCAGCGGGGUAAUCCGGGACUUUGCCGGUCCGUACUUUGUGUCUGAAGACCUGAUGGCCUUCGGGAAUCCAACCAAGUACUGGCAGCUGACACCAGCUAAGGCUCACAAUGGGCAACCUGGGUGGGAUGCUGCUGUUCAUAAAGCCUCAGAGAUUUAUAAAAAGAGAAUGCAUAUCAUAUUCUAUGACAACUGCCACUCUCAUGUGGCAAUGGCGCUAAACCUCAUGGGCUACGGGGGCUGUAAGAACUGGAAUAUGGUGAAGCUGGCCUUCUACAUGAUACCCUAUUCUAAAUAUGUCAGCCUCGGAGCCUUCGUAAAGACAUGGCUGCCGUUCGUGAUCAUCGUCGCAUUCAUCUGCACACUCGCCGCUCUCAUAUAGAUGUCUACUUAAUAGCAGGGUCUCCUCACAGUUCAAGGAGUGUCGGCCACAAGCACUUAGAUAGGUUCGUGUCCAGAAUUAGAUAGAACUCUUCAAAAUAUUUAAUAAAAAUAAAAUGAUUUGUUCCCAAAAAGUGUAGAUGGCAGCACUAUCUCUCUCGCAUAUUAAAAAAAUAAUUUGAUUUGUUUCCAAAAAUGUGUAGAUGACAGCACUAUCUCUCUCGCAUAUUUAAUAAAAUAACCAUCUUUCUCGCUAUAUCGUAAUCCUGUAAGGGAUUCGGAUAGGAUGUGCAGGCACGUACUGCUCGCCCAGCUUUUUUUUUAAUGAUGUAUAUGCGUAUACUCGAGAAUUUGCCAGGCCGGGUGACCGGUUACUGCCGUUAGUCGCGUCGGCUGAACACGCUGGAGGGUUUGGUCACUUUUCUUCUUUAGUGUUCGAAAUUAUCUAAAACAAUUGAUUAAAAGUGUAAAAUCUAGUUCUGGAUAUGGGUAUAGUGAGUAUUCCUCUCCGAAAUGCAUCUAAAAAUCGAAAUAGGUAGUAUCUUUUUAUUACGGUGCACCACUUUUAUACAAUGAAUUAGGUAUUUCUAAAUUAAAAAGUGUGGUAAGUGUUUUUAGUAUUGCCUCACCUGAAAAAUAGAACAUCAAUAGUACAUGUCUGGACUAAUAUAUGGUACAGUUGCCAUCAGAUAUAUCGGAGCGGCCGAGGUGUUCAGAGAUAUCUGAACACGCACUCUAACGCCGUGACUGUUGAAUCCUGUUUGGAGAUCACUGAUGAUUUGUGGUAUUUUCUAUAAAAAGGGACCUUAUUGUCGAUAGCGCUUACGCCGCACAGCGUCGCGCCGCGUUGUAUUUAUAUCGGAGCAUCGUUUAUAAUGGCGUAAGCGCCAUCGACAAUAAG